GUAAUCUGUUUGUUUGAUCGGAAACAGAUAUUUUCUGGGUACCCAUUUUGUCCAGUUCACAAGGUUUGGAAGAAGACCUCAGAAGACCAGAGCCCAUAUUCUCCUGGCAGAAAGAAUUUAGAGAGAGAGAGAGAGAGAGAGACAGAGAGAAGCAAGUCGUCUUUGAUCAGAUUUCCGAAAAUGGACAACCACCACCACCACCACCACCGUGGAACCGGAAAUUCCGAACGAGGCCGUGGCCGCAACGGCUACAGCUGCGGCGGCGGAAGAGGAGCGGGUUCGGGUGGUCAGACCCAGUUCGGCGGGCGGCACUGGGCCAGAUUGGCCAAUAGGUCCCGUGGUCGGUUGCGUCAGAACGGUGGGUCCUACAGGCCACAACAACAGAGUGGUGGCCAGAUGGGUCAGGUUGGUGGGUCGUACAUGCCACAACAGCAGCAGACUGGUGUUCAGAUGGGUCGUGGUGUGCGUCCCCUGAACGUGGAGCCCGUUGAAGUUGACGGAAGUGAUGGGUUUGGCAGAGGAGGAGGAGGAGGAGAGGCGUGGGUUGUGGAGUGGAAGCCGCGGCGACAGCAGCAGAAUGGUGGUCGAGGCGUGGGUCCCACGAGGGGGGAGGCAGUUGAAGUAAAUCGAAGCGGUGGGCAUGGCAGCGGAAGGGACUCCUACGGUCUUCAUACUCAAGGUACUACUCAAUCUCAGCCUCGAGCUCUUCCUGAAAAAGGCAAUGAAUGUUCUGAGACUCACCUCAUUGAACAAGAUGGCACAUUGAAUGGUGUCGAAUUUGACAAGUUUCUGCAGAAGGUGAAUCUGGCUGCAUGUGGGCUUAACUAUGCUGUAGUCUCCAUCAUGGGGCCACAAAGUAGUGGGAAGAGCACUCUAUUAAAUCAUCUGUUUGGGACCAAGUUUAAGGAGAUGGAUGGACUUAAUCAAAGGUCUAAAACAACUCAAGGUAUUUGGCUGGCAAGAUGUGCUGGCAUUGAGCCCUGCACUCUUGUAAUGGAUGUGGAGGGUAGUGAUGGAGGAGAACGAGGAGAGGAUGAUACUGCAUUUGAAAAGCGAAGUGGCCUUUUUGCACUUGCUGUUUCCCAUGUAGUGCUGAUAAAUAUGUUUCAAACAUGUAUCGGUCUUGAGAAUGGUGCAAGUAAGCCGCUUUGGAAAAAUGUAUUAGAGGGCGUAUUGCGAUUGUUUAGUCCACGUAAAACAACUUUGAUGUUUGUAAUACGUGAUUUUGUACGGACACCCUUGGAAGUCUUAGAACUUUGUUUGAGGAAAGAUAUUCAGAAGAUAUGGGACUCCAUCCCUAAGCCAGAAGGUCACAACAGAACUCCCUUGAGUACCUUUUUUAAUGUUGAAGUUGUUGGCCUUCCUAAUUAUUUGGAGAGGGAAGAGCCAUUUAAAGAGCAGGUGUAUAAUUUAAGGCAGCGAUUCAUUCAUUCCAUAGCACCUGGUGGGCUAGCUGGAGAUAGGCGGGACACAAUUCGUGGUUCAGACUUUUCUCUUAGUGCCCAAGAGAUCUGGAAAACUAUUAAGGAUGACAGGACGCUUGACCUUCCUAAGCACAUGGUUAUGGUUGCUACUAUACGCUGUGGGGAAAUUGUUGACAAAAAGCUUAAGGCCUUUGUUGCAAAUGAGGAGAGGCGCCAAUUAGAAGAGCGUGCACAAACCAAUCCAACGCCAGGGUUUGGGAAGAAGUAUAGUUCAAUUAUCAAAUCUUGUUUGCACGAGUACGAUGUGGAGACUGCAUAUUUUGAUGAAGGUGUUAGGUCUGAAAAGAGAAAGCACUUGGAAGAGAAAUUGAUGCCACUUGUUCAAUCGGCCUUCCAAUUCAUUUUAGCAAAUAUAGGGUCAAGAACUCUCAAGGAAUUCAAGAAAGCAUUUGAUAAUGCUUUAAACAAUGGGAAAGAUUUUACAGUGGCUGCUAAUGAAUGCCAACAGGCUUGCAUGAAGUCUUUUGAUGAUAGAUGUGCAGAUGUCAUUGUUGAACAAGCCAACUGCAACACAUUCGAAGUGCAGGAGAAGCUACAGCGUGAGAUAAUUUUGCAUACUCUUCAAGUUCAUUUGGACAAAAAACCUUCAGUUGCUACUCCAGAGUGGGAAAACGGGUUAAAAGGUUUUGUAGGCGGAUGCCUGGUUGGGGGCCUGGUUGGGAGCCUUGGGGCUGCUGGGGCCGCUGGGGCACUUUUGUACAAUAGACCUGAUUUAACAAAAGCUGCUCUCGAUGGUCUUGCUAGGGCUUUAAUAGCUGCCAAUAGAGCUGGAUUACCACAGGCUGCCCUGUCUGCUAUUCUGAGGAAUUUUAAAUUUGCCCCCAAGUAGCGUGUCUUCGUUUGCUGGAUUUGAGUUCUAAUGAUUCAGGCGUGGAGGAUAAUGGCAAUGAGCGUCGUUUUGGCCACUGGUGGAGCCACCCUUAGCCCAGUGGGGGCACUCAAAUUUCCAUAACUUUCAUUUUUGUUUGGUUCUAAACGAUACAUCCAUCUUUUGACCUAUUUGGUUUCACCAAUUGAGCCUGUCGUCGUAUUGUUUGUCACUACACUAAUACCCAGUUUACUGUGUUGCGUGCAGCCCCUGUUGUUGACUGAGCUCCUCCACAAGUGUGGUGUAGCUGAGAGAUGUGAGGCUUGAGAGGGGGAGCCGGUUGUGGCUCUUCCCGGUGAGGUUUUUUCGAGUUUGUAUAUAUUGUGUGGGUAUCUAGAUAUACAUAAAUGGAGUUUUUCCUCAGAAAUCAGUGUGGGAGUUGUGCGCGUGGUGCCCCUCCGGUCCCAACAUACUGCGUGUUUGUGUCAAUGUUGUAAACUACAAAUUUUAAAUUCCAGAUUAUUGCAGUCUUCCAUAAUGUGAUAUGUAUUGUUAACUCUA